AAAGUUAACCUCAAAAACCAGUCUGCCACAUUUACAAUUAUUUUAAUUUUUAUCGAAAUGUGUAACGUUGGUGACGAUAAUUUCGAUGACUUGGAAAAUUCAAAGUAUAUGCCUGCUAAAGAAAAAAUUUCACCAUUUUCCAAAUGCAACAAAUGCAGAGAAGCAACACCCAUUGUAGUUUUGCGAUCGAAAGACAAAUAUUGCAAAGAAUGUUUUUUAUCUGGUACCGUUCAUAAAUUUAAAGCUUUAUUAGGGAAACACAAACUAAUUCGACCAAAUGAUCGAGUCUUGGUUGUACACAGGUGCGGUCAUGCAGGUACCGCACUGUUACAUUUUAUUAGAACAGGAUUGGACCUAGGAACGCACAAGAAGUUACGUUUUGAACCAGUUGUUUUAUUUGUGGAAGAUCAUUCACAUCUGUCUUUGAAGGAACGACAAGAAUUGCUCAAAAGGGUGGAACAUGAAAUCAAUUAUUUUAAAUUUACAAUGCAUUUAACUUCAUUAUCACAUUUAAUCAGAAAAGGUGUUAAUAGUGAAGUUUUAAAAAAUUGUGCAGAAAUUUUAGACCUUGAUGAUGAUAGUAAAAGUAUUAUAGAUAAUUUUGUAACAAAACAAACCAACACAACAAAUAAGACAGAUUUUCUUAACAUUGCAAGGCAUAAAUUCAUGGUUGAUAUUGCAAAGGAAUUAAAUUGUAAGUUUAUUUUUACACCAGAAAUAUCAAGUGAUGUUGCUUCACAGCUACUGACUGAUGUCUCUCUGGGCAGAGGAUCACAUAUUGCACUCAACACGGGUUUUUGUGAUUUUAGAGAUGAUACUGUAAAAAUUUUAAGACCUCUCAGACUUUUUGAUAUGAAGGAGUUGGGCUUUUAUAAUCAUUUAAACAGUUUGAAUCCUGUGACAUAUAGAAUAGUUAUAGAUAAUCCUUAUAAAUCCAUUCAACACUUAAUGAGAAAAUUUGUUAAUGAUUUGCAAGUAAACUACCCAGCUACUGUAACCACGAUUUUAAAAACUGGGGAUAAGUUAGCCCUUGGUAGUAACAAAAUACGGACGUGUGACCUUUGUAACGCUCCAUUUGAAGAAGAAAGUGCUGAUUUGAAUUCAGCAGAAUCUACCCAGUUUUCACACUGGGUGUCAACUCAGGCGCACAAUAGCUCGUUGACGUCACAAGAACGUUACAUUCAAACUAUAGAAGCAUUUAAUAAUCUCACUUGUGAUACCUAUUGUUUUCGUUGUCGGCAGUUGAUGAAAUAAAUGAGUUUCUUAAAAA